AGCCAAUUUGGCGCAAGCCGGGCUCUAGUUCGAAUGCUGCUACGCAACUCGUUCGUUUCCAGCAUGGCGUUUCUGUGGCUACGAUGCCUUCUGGUGGCCUUCAUGCUGUCAUCCACCUCGCGAGAGUGCGCACACUGGACACUGACUUCCCUUGUCGACUGCGGUUGCUACUACGGCGGCGGAGGGAAUUAGUUCCUCGCGGAUCGCGAUGGUGCUACGUCGUGUGAACACGGUGGCCAACAACGCUAAGCGUGCUCAGUUUAUCUUUUUGUCCAUGCUCUUUGGUCUCGGAGGCAGUCUCGCCGCGGAGCGCCGGCUGAUCAUGACAGUGAUCUUUUCUUUGGCUGCUCGGAGGGACCUGUAGUAAUUCACAAGCCGCAGCCUUUAGUGAUCCCUAUCUUCGACUUCCUGGAGCAUGCAUCUAUUCACCUCGAUCCUGAAGUGCCAGCGAUCGUGCCUGCUGUGCCUCGCGACGGCGCUGUCGGACCCCACUGGCCAGUGGCGGCCGUGCUCGCGAGCAUGCAGUCUCUCAUCGACUCUCAGAAUGCCUCCCUUGGGAUGGUAGUACAGACGCGGGAAAAACAGUGGCGUGCUCCACGUGGACCAGAUGUAUUCUAAGCAGGAUGCCCGUCAUGCGCGGCUUGGCCAAAUCCUUGGGUAAAGCGGUCAGUGAGUCAUUCGAUUUCAGGCCCCCUGCGAAAGUUGAAGAAAUGCGUGUUUCUGCUUAGAUGCUGCGUUGUCACCAUAGGCCCCGAUCGAGGACAUUGGCGCCGUUGUCACGAAAUACAUUGGUCCGAUGCUCGGGAGCGCCAUCGAGCAGACAUUGACAACCCACUCCGCGGAGACCCGUUGCCCCGUUGAUGAGCCAAGUCAAGCAGAGCGGCGCCAGAGCGGAGUCCUUCUUCGACGGCAAAGGGGUAACCCUCAAGGAGGAUAUCAUGAACGCAUUGGACGCGAAGCUGUUGGCGGCGCCUCCUGCGGGCGCUGCACCAUCAGCUGAUGCGUCGGCGGUGCCCUGCAGCCCUCGUGCUGCCCCAUCCUCGGGCGACAAGUUCGAGCCAAGUGAACUGGUUCUUGCUGGUGGUCUUGUGUCUCAGACGCUCACCGGGCAGGUGGGUCGUGUCUGCGGGCAGCUCGGCGGCCGCGGGCAAGUCGAGUUCCUCGGAGUGGACGGAGUCAAGCUGACCAAGCCGUCGAGCCUCCUCCGCGACGUGGGAGAGGCGCACGACGGCUUGCUGGAACCGGACGCUCUGGCGAAGCACGGUACCUCAGCGAUACCUCUUCUUCUGGCGGGCAUCCAUGUGGCCCAAAUCUAUUGGGAACAGUGACUUCCACGUGUGCCCGUGAGCUGGCUCCCGCCAGCUCCCGAAAGUAGGCAUGACCAUUGUUGAGCUACGAGUGAUAUGUGCUGACA